AUGAAUCUUCUGUCUGGCCCAAGCGAGGCCGCAGUGGAGGAGCCCGGCAGCCUCGCCGCGCCGCCAGCGCCGAGGGGGGCCUCCCGCGAGCUGGCAACGCAACAGGCACAAACGGCUUUCGCCCCUGGAACGGCGGAAUCAGUUCCUGCACCGUGCACGCCCAAGGUGAUCGGCUGGUGCGACGUGGAGGGCUGCUCCGAGGCCGCCGUUUCGUGGAAGAGCCACGUGCUGCACUACCAGAGCCGCCACCUCGCCCAGGCCGACGACCGCAUCUUCUGCACGCUGUGCCUGGCGAAGGUGACCCAGUGGUCCGGCCACAUGGCCCUGCACAGGACCGGCUUGCGCUGCACCGCCUGCUCGGCCAGCUUCGUGGACCAGGAGGGCCUGCGCAGGCACUGGAUCCGCUUCCACUGCCGCAGUCCGCCGGGGACGCCGACUGGCAGCCAGGCCACCUCCGCCGCCCUGCACAGUUUCACCAGUGCAGUGCCGACCUUGCCCCGGCGCCCCCUUCAUCCAUGA